UUUUUUAAAACAUUAGUAUUAACUAACAUGGCUACAUCCAUUCACAAAAUUUGCGAUCAACGUUCGGAUCCUUUUAAAGACCACUCCAGAGAUUUUACUUUUGCAGACCACCUGUCUCCCAAGGAGGGAAAGUAUAUGGUUAAGGCAGUAGGACAAAUUCUUUUAGAAAUUCAAAGUAAUCUCGAAAAAUCGGGAAAGAAUUCGUUUAACAGUCCUUCCCCUAGUGGAAAUGGACUCAAAAACGCUUCAAAAAGUAGCAAAAGGCUCAAAUAUAAGUCUAAGCAGGCUUUGAGUGAAGAAGAGGUUAGUGAACCAGUAAAUGAAAUUAAUCACUGAGCUGACCAAACCUACCACAGGAGGGAACUUGACCAAAUUGUCUCCAAAAUUAAGAAGCCAGUAGACUGUGUCAAUGGCUCCUUAAACUGGAAAGAUCUGCCGUCAAGUAAAUUCCCUAUGGUCAGCGAGUCUAAAUUUCAUUGUCCUAACCCCCUCUCUCCUCCUUCAAAUGGAGUAGCCCUUCUUGGGAAUGUUUAUAGUGCCAAUAGGCUAAAUAUUAAAAUAAGCUCUUUUGUGUCUUCAUUCUAUAAACACUACUCCAUUGUCUCUUACUCUUCCUUUGUUCUGUCUCUUAUCUACAUUGACAGAUUUCUUAAGUCUCCAAAAGUCAGGGAUUUAAUGCAGGACUCCAAAUUCAGCAUGGCAAGGCUCUUCCUAGUCGGAAUCAUAAUUGCUAUGAAGUAUCACGAGGAAUACUACAUUGAGAAUUACUACUUCUCCAAACAGGCUUCCAAAUACUGAUGCAUCUCUGAUAUUAAAGAGCUUAAUGAGCUGGAGAGAGACUUCUUAAAAACCAUUGACUACAGGUUGAAGGUUGAACAAUCAGAGUUGAACAGAUACCUUACCUCUGUUUAUAAUAAGUCCCAAGAGCUCCGAUGCAGACAGUUCAAAGUUCAUACUGACGAAAUCACUAUUCAGGAAGACUAUUUUGGUCGUAAACCUGAAAGCACGAAGGAACUUCUCAAAACAUCAGGAAUGGGCAAACUCCACUUCUCCACUAUCACAAAGAAGAGCCAGUCUGUGGCAAAGAAGCAACCCCAAAUAAUCCUGAACGACAAAGUGUUCAGAGGAAGUGAGGAGAUUUACCAGUUCUUCAAUUGCGAAGAGAUCUGUGAAGACACAACCACAUUCUCCGAAGGUACCUCUUUUUCAGUAUCUGAGGGAUCUUUGGAAAGCUUUCUAACAUUUAAUUAAUUAUAUUAAAUACCUCCCAAUCCCGU